AACGUCAAUAAUAAUACAACAGAAUCUUCGUUAUCAUCAUCAUCAUCAUCAUUGAAUAAUGGAAAAAAUAUUCUUUACAUAAGUAAUUCAUUUGAAGGGCCAUUAUUUCAGCAUUUAAUAUCACAACGUAAACCAAUCAUUAGUGAUAUCGUUGUGGAAUAUUGUAUAGAAAAUCGAAUGAGUCUUCCAUUGCCUAAAAAUCCAUUAUACAAUUAUCUAAUGAAAGAUUUUGUAAUAUGUUUUUCGGUUCAUGAUAAACGUAAAAUGCGCAAAACGAAUGAUUAUCUAAAUUUGAUACGUUAUAUGAGUGGACAAAGUCGCAAAGAUAUGAAAAGUGGUCGAUCAUUUGAACGUACACAUUUGAUUGAAUCGAAAACCGAUUCAGAUAAUUAUAAUCUUGCUGUAAUUUAUAAUUUACCAAUUCUUUGUAAAGAAUGGAUUGAUCAUGUAUGGGAACAUCGACGUGAAAUUCAUUUCAAUCCAAACGAUGAAAAUAUUUUGGCCAAAUAUCGAUUGAAACCAUUAACAGAUCUGCGUAUUGCUUUGUAUAAUUUUUUGCCAAAAGAAAUUGCUGAAAAAACCAAAUCAAUCAUUGAAUAUGGUGGAUACUCGAUUUCAUUUUGUGAAUCCAACAACACCACACAUUUGGUAAUUAAAGAUCAGUCUGAAGUGGAUUGUCAAGAGAUUAUGGACAAAUACUCGAAUCUUCCAAAAUUUAUCGUUUCAGAAUUGUGGUUAGAAAAAUCGCUACAAACAAAUUAUCGCCAACCUGAAGAGGAAUUUUUAUUAAAUCUUCCAUUAAUUGAAAAUAAAUGCAACUCUAGUCCAAUGAUGGCACAUCAUGAUUGUUCCUUGAAAAAUUCAAUUUUAUCAAGUCCAAAUUUUGAUAAAUCAUUUGACGAAUCUUUUAUCGCUGCUGAUAAAAAUGAUCUCAAAAAACAAGCCAUUACUCAAGAAUUAUAUCAAACUGAAUUUAAUUAUGUCACAAUCUUGAAGGAUAUUUUAAAGAUUUUUAGUGACCCGCUGAAAAAUCAUCGAUUUCCUGGUGAACUACCAAAUGAAAUUGAAUUGAAAACAAUUUUUGGUGGUCUACCGCCAAUCAUUGAUGUACAUGAGAAAAUAUUGAACGAAUUAGAACCGGUAGUGAAAAAUUGGAAAGCUGAAAAUGAAAUCGGGAAAAUUUUCCAAAAGCACAAACAAGAUUUCCUUACUGUCUAUCCACAAUAUGUAAAUUUUUAUGAAAAAACCAAAGAAAUGAUUGAACAAUGUGUUAAAAAAUAUCCACGAUUUAAAUCUUUUCUAAAGGCUAGUCAAGAAUCACAUGAAUGUCGUAAACAAACGUUUCAAGAAUUAUUAAUCAAUCCUAUACAAAGAUUGCCUCGUAUUGAAUUAUAUUUACGAACAUUAUUAAAUAGCACUGAUCAACUUCAUCCUGAUCAUAAACUUUUGAAUGAUGCCUUAGAAACAAUUAUCUCUGUUAACAAAGUAAUCAAUUUAGGAAAGAAAAAAAUUGAAGGACAAAUGGAACUAUUUGAACUAAUGAAUAAUAUUGAAGAUUGUCCAGCCACACUAUUAUCGGCUAAUCGACAUUUUAUUGCUAAAUGUGAUGUUAAAUUAUUACUGGAAAAGGAUGGCAUUGAUGAUUAUGAACAACAGCAUAUCAGAAAAUUGGAAAACAAUGUUUUCACUCUGUUAUUAUUUACUGAUUGCAUUUUGUUAUGUAAAAAAAGAAUCGUAACACGAACCACAUCGUUGAAAGAUCGUGCCAAUAUACCGAUGAGUGCAUCGAAAAAAUCGAAAAAAACUUAUCGUUUUAUUGAAACAAUCGAAUUAUCAGCAUUAAAAUGUAUCAUCAACGAAUUUGAAGAAGCAGAUUUGGAUCCCGUUUAUUUGGAUGCAUUUGCAUUGUUUGUCAGCUAUGAAUCACGUUAUUUUCAUACAUAUCCAUUCAUUGUUAAAGAUGUUGCAAUGAAAAAGGAUAAAUUUAUUGAAGAACUUGUUAAUGCUUAUGAACAAUCAGUAAAACAAUCAUUAUCUGAUGAUAAUGAUAAUAAUGAUGAUAUUGUUGUUGUUGAUGAAGAUAUUCAGUUUCUGAAGAAAGGAAAUAUUCAUGCCAUUGAUUUUGAUUAUCUAAUACUAUUAGCACGUUCAUUAAAUAAAUCCAAAUAUGUAUUCAAACGAACCAAAGAACGACUGAAUCGGAAAUUAUCACUACGUCGUGGUACAUCGAAUUUGCUAUCAGCAUCAUUAGAUAAUAUAUCAUCAUCCACGUUGGUAUCACCGUCAUCAUCACGUUUAUCUAGAGUUUUUAAUUUUAAUUUUUUCACUCCAAAAGAAUUGAAUCAUGCUGCAGCAGACAAUUUUAGCUUGCCAUCAACACCGAUUCCAAGGAAAAAAUAUUAUAAAGGAGCCGCUACUGAUCUUUAUAGGCCAAAAAAAAUUGAUUAGAUUCAUUUUUUCAACGAUCCUUCACUGAAUAUUAAUACUCGAACUAUGUGUGACUAUAUAUAUUUUACCAAUUCUAUAUCUCUAUCUCUAUAUAUUCAUCAUUCUUUCAUACAAAUGGAUCUAAUUGAAUAAUGGUUAUCUCCAUAAUUAUAAUGCUGUCGUGUUUUGGUCUCUUGGAAAAUGAAUCAAAAAAUCGAAUUAAUCGUCGCUUUAUUCAAACAAACACAUUUAUUGAAAAUAAAUCUCUUAAUGAAAAUGACGUGACCAAAGAAAAGCAAAAUUUUCUGUGAAUAUUGAUUUAGAAACAAAAACAAAAAAGAAUUGAAUUGAAAAUAAUCACCGAUUAAUUUAAAUACAAAAAAAAAAGAGAAAACACUUGAUGAUACGGACCCCAAAUUUCCAUGUUCAGCCACCAUUAACCAAACACUGAAAUUAUUUAUUAUAACAAUAAUGGUAUGCGAAAGAGAAAAUAAAUUUACAUGAAACGCAAAUACUGUGUGUGAUUUGCAUCUGUCUCAAUCAUCAUCAUCAUCGACGCCUACAUGGAACAUGAAGAUUUGAUUUUUUUUCUCUGUUUUUGUCCUGAAAUUCAUACGAAUAAAUUGAUUGUUUAUAGUUUAUAGUCGAAUGGAAAAGGGAUUUCUUUAUAAAGAAAAAAAGAAAUUCAAGAAAACUAUUCGAAUGCGCCACACACACACACAUCUUUUUUUUCUUUUGCAAACAAUCGAUGGAGAUGGUGGAAAAAAGAAAUGUUUCAAUCGAAUCGAAUCGAAUUCGAUUCAAUCAUCAUCAUUCACACUAUUGUUGUUGUUGUUGUUAAUCACUUUGUUUGUAUGAUUUGGGAUUAAAAGAUUCUUAUUCUCAUUCUUGA